AUGAAUGAAAAUAUGAAUGAGUCCACGGAAGGGGAGGUCGUUCCUCCAGCAAAAAGACAUCGCGGAUCCGUAGACGAUGCAAGUGAUUCUCAACCAUCACGCAAAGGAACGGCAUGUUCCAGCUGUCGAAGGCUCAAAGUGAAAUGCGAUGCCGAUCAUGGAAAGGGCAGUUGUUCUCGAUGUACACGUCUGCGAUUAAACUGCAUCAGUGAAAAGAAAGUAUGGAUUAGUACUGGCGGUGUUGAGAAACGACCACAGCCUUACAAUGUGGACUUGGUCAAGCUUGAACGUGCGGUGGAAGAUAUCCUGGAGAAGCUCAAUUUGCCUUCAUUGGAGCUGUAUUCACAACCUGAAAUUGUGGAGCCAAUGCAUUCUCCUAAACCCACGAGGCACAACUCGCAAGAACCAGCACCCAUCACGACCAGCAAAGAUAAUGGUGACCUCUCGCCUGGUCCGAUGGGAAGUCUGAUUGAAGCUACAAGGCUAAAUGGGCUUCGCAGUGAACUCAGGAGUGGCAAGCAGCGACGAAAGGGGGGGGGCAUGAGGCGGAUGAAUUCAGAUUUAAUAUCUGAGAAAAUCUUAUCACCCGAUCUAGCUGAGGAGAUGUUAGAAGUGUUCAAGAGCCUGCUAUCCCCGCAUCUGCUUUCCGCUACUAUUCCUGCAGACUGUUCUCUGGAGACUAUUCGCACAACAUCAACUGUGCUCUUUACAGCCAUCAUGCUAGUCAGUGCAUUACAUAUACCCGGCCGGGAGCCAACACAUGAAAUUAUCCACAGUCGGUUUCUUGGUUUAGUCUCCACGGCAAUCUUCGAUCGCUUCCACACCUUAGACGAUAUCCGAGGACUAUGCAUUGCAGCGCUAUGGGAGCCUGAUCUGAGCUGGAAAUUGAGUGGUAUUUGCAUUCGAAUGGCGACUGAAUUGAAUUUACACCAUGCGUUCUAUGAAGCCUUCUAUACACCAAGCAUUACCGAAGAUACUCUGAAGGACUCUCUUGAGAAAGCUCGCUUGUGGUAUUUACUAUUUGUUAUCGACCAUCAAUCAAGCAUUGCCUACGGUCGGCCUCCAGUGAUGGCAGAGUUGCGACCUAUCAAAGACUUUGAAGUUUUUCUCCGGUCAGCGUGGUGUACAAAUCAGGAUCAAGCAUUGAUUGCGCAGGUUACUGGCCUGAUGAACCUGAGCAAGGCCUUCCAAACAUUCGGGCUAGAGCCAAAACGUGUUAUGAGUGGCGACGAUGCCUCUGUGCUAAAUCAUUUCCGAUUCACUGAAGAUACCCGAGCAUGGCAAGAGCGUUGGGGCCAAUUGCGGAUGACCCACAUUUUCUUGGUGGAGGAGUAG